AUGUCCGAUUCAUUCCAGUACAAAUACAGACCACUAAGGCAGCCAGAUGCUAUCCGCCUUUGCAGAAUCUUGCCGCACUCUGAUGCUGCAUCGUCCAUCCACAUCAGCUUGUCUUCAUAUCAUCUGUCCAAUCCAACUCUCAAUUUUACAGCCCUUUCGUACACAUGGGGCGAUCCAUCGGACAAAACACCAAUUUCUGUCGGAGGCAGCGAAGCCUUCUUGCAGGUUCCUCGAUCAGCGAGUGAGGCGUUAACGGUCCUGCGGCUCCACGGGAAGAAGACGCUCUUUUGGAUUGAUGCAAUAUGCAUUGACCAAAACAAUCUACAGGAGAAGACUUCUCAAGUACGGAUCAUGGGUCGCAUAUUCGCCAGGGCAUUUUGUACUACGAUCUAUCUUGGACCACAUACCAAGAGUAGCCAGAUUGUCUUCCAAGACGUCAUUGAAGCAAUGAAUCUUCCCAAAGUCAAGAACCCGAAGAGACAGAGGAUGGUACGAGAUCGAGAUCCACCAAAUGCCGCCGUCGUUCAAGGUCUGGAAGAUUUAAUCCAACGACCGUGGUUCCAGCGAGUUUGGGUGCUCCAGGAAGUCUAUUUGAGCCAAAACAUCUGGGUCCUGUGCGGGGACACUAUGGUCCCACAAGAAAUGCUUCGAGAUUGCUUCUUUGGAUAUUCUAAAAACAAUCUCGUCACAAAGCAAAACGUCCCAUUUGCCUUUAGGAUAAAUGAACCAAUUUGGGGUAUUUCCUCUCGUCUUUCGUGGUCUGAUCUUUGGGGAUGCCUAUAUUGGACGAGAGGCUCUUUGGCAACCGACUCAAGAGAUAGAUUGUUCGCCCUGAGAGCCCUUUUUGCGCCACUGGAAGCAAAUGAUACCGAUUCAUUUAUGGCUGAAUUCGAUAAAAUGAUCAAUUACGAGAAAUCCUUGGAGGAGGUCUUCGAAACGCUCGCCUUGACCUUACUUCGAUUCAUUGGAUUAUGGCUUUUAGUUGGAGCCAGGCAUGAGCACAACCGCCAAAUGCCAUCAUGGGUACCAGAUUGGUCUCAGAACCUUCCUCUUGCUGGAGAUUUCUUCGUAGACCUGGGACAGAACGAACUUUUUGGACGGCAAGUAAACAGGGCGACAUAUAUAGACUAUCAGCUUCUAGACCAACGUAUAUUAAUUGUUCAAGGUUGGCGUUGCGGUCAAAUCCAGGAGAUGGGCAAAACGUAUAUUUUUGCUGAUCUCGAAGACGCGGAUCGCCAAAUCUCUCACCUUAUUAGCCUCAUCACCAUUGAUCAAUCUAGCGAGACUAUUCAAAGGGAGACUUCGAACAUUGCUGAGGUUGGAUUGAGUCAAGGCAUACUGAAAGGUUUGGUUCCUGCAUCCCAGCAAACCUGCCCCACAAUCAUUCUAAGACCUUAUUCUAGUGUUGCGACAGAUGGAAACAACCCAGUUAUUGAUGCUGUUAACUCAGAAUUCCAAAUCAUUGGGGGAGCUCAAUGA